CUUUUCUCUCUGCAGAUGUUUGUGCAGGUGGCCGAAGUGGUGGGAGAGACCUAUGGACUGGAGCCCAUUCAGCACCUGGACCUACUGGUGCGGGAUUGGAGCAGCUCCCGGGUCCUCAGAGCCCAGGGUGGGGAGCAGCAUCUGAGACACGUCAGACAGAAGCUGGAGGCGAAGACCCCUUGCAAACACCCCAAGGCCCUGGAAGCGCUGAGCAGAAGCAGCAGCCGCUGUUACCUGAUGCCCUUCCCUGGCGAGCGGAUCACGACGGGGAGCGAGGGAAGGCUGAGAGACAUGGGUGAGAAUUUCCGGGAGAGCCUGAGGGACUACGUCACCACCCUGGUGAGCUCGGCCAGUCAACAUGUCCAGACGGACCGGCAUGGGGAGAUGCUCACCGGGACACAGCUCGCUGCCAAGAUAAAGAAUUUAUCUGAUGUGAUGAAGAAACAUCGCUCCGGCUUCUCCUCUCCCUGUCAGAUGGCCAUCACCUUCCACAACCAGAGAGUCGUGGACAUCACCCGCGCAGACCACGCUGUGUUUCUGAGGGAGAUGCACAGCCUGUCCCAGCGCAUGGUCGACUGUCUGAAGGUGGAUCCGAGCGCAAUGGCGGAGCAGUUUGUGGAGCAGCACAGGUCACCGCUGGAGCGGUGCCGGGAGGAGAUGAAGGAGCCGGAGGAGACCCUGCUGAGGGCACUAGAAGCGGAGCUCACUCAGGAGGCUGAGACUUUCCUGAAGACCUAUGGAAAGCGCUAUCAGAGUCACGCCAUCAACCAGAGAGUCAUGGACAGGGCCUGCCAAGACCACGCCGACUUUCUGAGGGAGAAGGUGAGUCGGGGGUAG